AUGGCGUGUGCAGUUGACGCACAGAAUUUGAUCUCUAUUUCUUUGCGGAAAAUACAUAACUCCAGAACGCAGAGAGGAGGUAUCAAGCUCCACAAGAACUUGCUGGUCACAUAUGUGCUGAAAAACGCUAGAGAUUUUUACAUGAGCAUGGAGUUUGCAGAAAUGUAUAGCUACCUACAGCAGAACGGGGAGAUGAGGACGGUCUGUGAUGAAAAGCAGGACUCUUUUGAAAUGACCGGGAACUGUGAGGAUCUAGCUGGUGAGUUUUGCUGCAACUACACAGGGGAUGUGUUGGACACUUACCACUGCGCAGCGCCACAAUCGGCUUGCCACCCAGCAAUGGUGCCCGAAGCGCACAUCCAAACGGCACCUGCCUGUUUCAUGGCUCCUGUCUAUCAAUGUGACUCUAACCUCAAGUACUCGGGGGUCUGCUGGGACUGUUAUGCGGAACCUUACACAGCCAACCGGGACAUUCCUGUCUCAAACACACACAACCAAAAGACUGUAUUGGACUUGGACACACAUGUGGUGACUACUGUCGAGAAUGGAUAUCUCCCCCCAGACUACUGCGUGUCAUUAAAACAACAUGGUCAGGGCCCGCAAAGUUCUCAUAAGAAAAGAAAAAUUGAUUCAAGUGAUGCUUCUGAUUCCGAUUAUCUGUCAGACUUUGUGCCCAUGUCAUGCAAACGCAUUAGGUCUGAUGACGUUUCUUGUUGUAAUUCCGAACAACUGGACACACCGAACAUCUCCAACCUCAUGUCAGUGUUAGGCUCGGGGUUUACUGAGCUGUUGAACUGGCAAACGGACGUGGAACAGGUAGUAAACGGACAAACAAACUGCUGUAAACAAGCACUGGCGGGCAGCGGUGCAUGGACUAGAGCAAUUGAGGCUUUUUGAUUGACACACUUUACAUUUUUCUACAAACAUUGGUGGUCUCAAAUAAAAUAGACAAUUGAUAUACUUAACACUGUUCUGCUCUUUUUCAAUUUAAAAGCUGUUGAACUCAAUUUAAAUUGUACUUUGGGGAGAGGGCUCGCGCAAUAUGUGCAAUGACCUAUAGCAACCAUUGAUUGCUGAUGCUAUGUAUGCCUAUUGGCCAUUUAGAGGCUUUGAAGCCACGGGCCGGCCAU